ACUCGCUACGCCAUACCGGAAUCGUUGCGUUGGCGUGCUGUCAGAAUCUCCCGUAUCUACAUCGGAGCAUUGGUCUUUGUCAGUCGUAUCUUACCACUAUACCACUGUCUAAAUCCAUGAUGCGGUUCACAGCGCUUUGUAUUGUUUUGAUCUGCGUGACUCAGGCUGGUACCAGACCACUGGCAGAUGAACGUGAAAGUCAACAGACUGACACUAAUCCACAGAUUACAGUAGCUAGUAUGAUCGAAGAAGGCCAAGAUGCAGAAGACAAACCGAAGAAGAGUGAGACUGAAAAUGAAUCAGAAACUAGUAAUUCUACUGACAUUCAUGAAAGUAAAGAAACAAAAGAAAUGCCUUCAGAGAACAUAACUAAUCCAAUGAACACAAACAAUGAAAAACCAGAUGAACAAAUGCAACCUUCUGACCAUCCUGAACAGGAUGAUGAGAAAAACAAACCUGGAACUCUUGAAGAUGGUAAAGAUGAUGAGGAAAACAAACCUGGAACUCUUGAAGAUGGUAAAGAUGAUGAGGAAAACAAACCUGGAACUCUUGAAGAUGGUAAAGAUGAUGAGGAAAACAAACCUGGAACUCUUGAAGAUGGUAGAGAUGAUGAGGAAAACAAACCUGGAACUCUUGAAGAUGGUAAAGAUGAUGAGGAAAACAAACCUCUAACUCUUGAAGAUGGUAAAGAUGAUGAGGAAAACAAACCUGGAACUCUUGAAGAUGGUCCAAAGGAAUCAAAUGAUGGAGCAACAGAUGAACAGAAUCCGAAUGCGCUGAAGGACCCUACAGACAUUGAUACAAAGGGUGAUCAAAUGAGCACCAUUCAGAAAUCCGAAGAGGAUGAAGAUAUUGAGGAGGAUGGUGAUGAUGAUGAAACUAAUGAUUUUGAUGAGGGCACGCCCGACCGCAAACCAGCAAUCGAAACAAAUGACCAAAAAACAAAAACGAAAGACAAUUUUCAGCUAGAGGAAACCCCAGAGAACAGCCACUUCUUUGCCUAUCUCGUCUCUGCUGUUAUACUGGUGGCCGUGCUCUACGUUGCCAGUCACAACAAGCGCAAGAUCAUUGCAUUUGUCGUUGAGGGCCGGAGAUCAAGAGGCUCGCGCAGACCCAAAACAUCAGAUUACCAAAAACUCGAGCAGCAUUGAGGAGGUCAAGUGUAAAACCUGUAAAACCUGAUUUAGGCGGUGGAUGAAUCCGAAUAUUUUGACUGUGACCUUUAAACUUGAAUUAUUCACAUUGUAAUGCUCAUCAACACUGUACGGCAAUUGUCACUUAAAUCACCUAAAUAAUUAAAAAAAAGACAAAUCCUUAAAAAGAUAGUUCACACAAAAAUAUAAAUUCUCUCAUCAGUUACUCACCCUCAUGCCAUCCCAGAUGUGUAUGACUUUUUAAUCUUCUUUUGAUUUUUUGUAGAAUAUUUCUGUAGGUCCAUGCAAUGCAAGUCAAUGGUGACCAGAACUUUGAAGCUCAAAAACCACAAAUGUAGCAUAAAAGUAGUCCAAGCCAACAUGAUAGGUGUGGGUAAGAAACAGUUAAAUAUUUAAGUCAUUUUUUACUAUAAAUCUCCACUUUCAAACAGCCCUCCUAAGCGCUAUUCUCUUCUAAGAGUAGUAGUUAUUUUGUUUUUGGUGAUUUACAUUAUUUAUGCAUAUCACCACCUAAUGGGCAGGGAGGAGAAUUUUAGUUAAAAAAAAAAAAAAAAAGGACUUAAAUAUUGAUCUGUUUCUCACUCACACCUAUCAUAUCACUUCUGAAGACAUAGAUCCAACCAUUGGAGUCCUGUGGAUUACUUUUAUGCUGCCUUUAUUCAUUUUUGGGUGAACUAUCCCUUUAAUUGUACAUUGCAUUUUAUGCAGUCAGGUAUGUUAAAAACAAAGUUUCUAAAAUCUUCAAGUGACACAAAUACAUAAAUUAAGAUUAUUAUACUGGUACAUGGUUUUGGUGUUUUUCCGUUUAUUGCUGAGCCUCUUUUUUCACUCUUAUUUAUGACUACACUAAUUGUCUAACAGAGAAGGAAACAAUAUGUAUAUUUUUGAAAGUACUUGCAGACAUGAAAGAUGUUAGGAAAUAAAUGAGUUUUUGAAGGUCAUGAUAGUCAUUAGGAAGUUGUGAAAUAAGUGUUGCUAGUUUAAGCCCUACCUGGAAAAUGAGGUCAUAAAGAUGUUAAUGAUUGAAGUUAUUAACACAUAUUUAUAGGGCAUGUGAAUUGCACUUUCUACCUGUGUUAGGAAACGAGUGGUAGGCUUUGUUUCUAGAUUAUGGAUGUUUUACACACUGUUAAUGCAAGUUUACAGAUGUUUUGUGAUGUCACAGGUUGUUUUUUUUUCUCAUGAAAACAAUUUGUGGUUUAUGAAUGUUUUGAAUUGCUAUAUUAUCUUUGUUUUAGCCCAUAUGCAGAUUUUUGGUUGCAGUCAGUAUACAAUGUAAGCUGUUUAUUUACACUAUAUUUGACUUUGUCAGUCAUCGGUUCAGUUUUUGCACCUUUCGUUCAGUCAAGGCAUUAAGCUCGGAAUCAAGUGAAUUUUUUCCAUGACAGUAAUGUUUAAACAAACUGUCCAGGUGUGUUGUCUGUUUCGGAGUAAAGUUCACUUUUAAAGGAAUAUUCCGGGUUCAAUACAAGUUAAGGUCAUUCAACAGCAUUUGUGGCAUAAUAUUAAUAUUGUUUUGACUCGUCCCUCCUUUUCUUUAAAAAAAAAAAAAAAAAAUCUGUGUUCAGUGAGGCACUUACAAUGGAAGUAAACAUUAAAAUACUCACUGUUUCAAACGUGAACAAUAUGCAUGUUAAUAUGAUUUUAGUGUGAUAAAAUUGCUUACCAACUUUUUCUGUGUAAAGUUAUAUCCAAUUUUACAACUUUGUUGCCAUGAUUAUGUACUGUCAACAAACCCUAAAAAUGACAAUUUAAACAACUUGACAGCUCAAAUAAUACAUUAAUUUUAACAGAAAGAUUAGUGUAAGUGCUUUUAUAAAAUUAUAAGCUUCACAUUUCUGUCUUUAAACCCUCCAAUAAUUGGCCCCAUUCACUUCCAUUGUAAGUGCCUCACUGAAACCUAGAUUUUUGCUUUUUUUUUUAGAGACGGAGGGAUGAAUCUAAACUAUUUUUUCUGUUAAUCAAUAUUAUGCCACAGAUGCUGACGAUUGAGCUUAAAUUGUAUUGAAUAUUAUUUUAAGCUAGUGAAGAUACAACACUAUUUUAGUGAUGUCAACUGUAUUUGUCUCUUACAUUACUGUUGAACAUUAUUUUACAAUAGCAAAAUUUGUUUUAAAAAGGACACCUGAGGGUCUAUGUGUGACUAAUAUUUAAUUUAUGCAAUAUUUAAAAGUAUAGUCGGAAACUGUUGAGCUCCAUCCUCUCCCAAGUCACAAUAAAAAAAGCUUAUUUUGUUAAAGUAUGACGGCGGUAGCAGUGAAGAUUGAUUUUGAUGUAGAUUAAAAUUACCACACUUAAUUAUGAAAUGAGCAACAAACAAGUUUUCUGUGCCAAAUCAAGACUGUGCCCUGAAAUGAGAGCUUCAUACUCUUUUAUUUUGUCUUUAAUUUGUUUUAUGCCAUGUGAUAAACUGUCAUGAAUCAGCACUCUUUACUGGCGAUGUUUGAUAUGAUACUGUAAUACUUGUCCCGCUUUAUUCUCUGUCAAGCCUGUGGGAGUUAGUUCAAGAUAUAACCACUUUUCUUGAAAUGCUGGACCUAUUUUGAAUUAUGUGGUUAAAAUGGUUUGAUGGGGAUUUUAUCAACUGUGGUCUAUGUUUUACCACUAUUGCAACUUUUUCCAAAGGUAAUGUUCUUUCUACACUGAAGAGAGUUGAAUAAAGGGUUGAAUUUUA